UUGUUGGCAGAGAGGAAGGAGCGUCUUCAGCGGGCUCCCUUCGAAACUGCCCUCCAUCACGCUGGUUACGGCUGUUUCCAAUGGCUCCUGUUAAUGUCGUGUGGUGCUGUGUACGCCGUCUGCGCGCUCAGCACCACCACACUCAGCUUCGUGCUGCCGGCCGCUGAGUGUGACUUCCUACUGUCCUCCAGCGAUAAGGGCCGUCUCACUGCCACGCCGCUGAUAGGAAUGUGUGUGGGCUCUUACUUCUGGGGCAAUCUAGCUGAUGCGCGAGGUCGCAGGAAGGCCAUCAUCGGAGCUCUGUUAUUGGAUGCGCUGGCUGCCUUCCUCUCUAGCCUGGUCCAGUCCUUCCCAGCCUUCCUGGCCUGCAGAUUCUUCUCCGGGUUCGGCAUCAUCGGCGCCACUGGGCUCGUCUUCCCUUAUUUCGGAGAUUUUCUCUCGCUGCGGCACCGUGACGUGAUGCUGUGCCGGCUUGAAGUGUUUUGGACUUUCGGGACAAUAUUAUUGCCCGGAAUUGCUUGGCUUAUUAUCCAAGAUCCACGGUUCAAUUUAACCGUUGAGGGUGCAGACUUCCAGUACACCUCGUGGAGAGUGUUCGUUGCCGCUUGUGGUAUCCCGAGUCUCUUGGUGGUGUUAUUGUUGCUGCCAUUCCCAGAGAGCCCCAGAUAUUUACUGCACGCCAACAAAGCCGAUCAAGCGCUUCAAGUUCUGCAAAGGAUAUUUGUUGUUAAUACGCGUUUGUCUGAGAAAGACUUUCCAGUGGAAUCUAUGAUAAGUGCAGUGGAAGGUGAGGAGGAGGCCGAGGUGGUGUCCGCGGACGACAAUGGUAACGAGACCAAGUCACCUCUGACAUGGGGUCAGCGGUGGCACGCCUUCUGGCUCAGGAAGAAAAUGUUGGUGACUCCUCCCUACAUCGGACUACUGGUGUUGUGCUGCUUUGUGGACUUCGGACUAAUGUUUAGUUACUACACACUGAUGAUGUGGUUCCCGGACCUGUUCGAGAGGUUCAGUCAGUUCUCCUCUCUGUUCCCCGGAGUGUCGGCCGGUGUCUGUGAGGUGUCGGCUAAUGUCACUAAGAGUGAGCUGUUUUACAACCAGGAGUGUCCUCAGGUCAUCGAUGAUCGUGUCUACAUCCACACGCUGGUGGUAGCGUUGAGUUGUGUGCCGACCGCGCUGUGGGUGGGGCUCACCAUCAAUAUGGUCGGCAAGAAACUCAUGUUGGUGAUAAUGUUAAUAAGUUCGGGCCUGGCUGCCCUGGGUCUCAACCUGGUCCGCUCGUCUCUCGAGAACCUACUGCUGUCCUGUGUCUUCGAGGCGAUCGUCAGUUGUACUGAGGCUGUGCUAUUCUGUGUUAUUUGUGAGAUAUUUCCCACCAAAGUCGCUGCUACAGCGAUGGCGGUCACUGUGAUGUGUGGUCGUGUGGGGGCGAUCGUAGGUAACGUGAUAUUCGGGGCCCUCGUGGAUCAACACUGCGUCGUACCUAUUUAUAUGUUCGGCUCACUGCUCAUCACGAGCGGUCUUCUGUGUGUGAUCCUCCCGAAGAGCACUCGUCCUGAGAGACCACAGUGA